AGGGUACAGUACUAGGCUCACCUUGGUCACGACCAAUUCGGUUAGGCCAGGUCAUGCUGCCUCUGACUACACCACAUCUGUCCAUCCUCACCCUUGAGAGAGCUUUCUGCUGGCGCGAUAUUGGACCACAAACCUGCAGCAGUUCACCCAAGCAGCAAAUCCCCCCGGUCCUUGCUUCUGACGUGUGUGGUGCGGCGGAUACGGCGCUGGAGACGCUUCCUCCCGCAUUGCAGCUGAACGAGCCAGAGGCAAGGGGAUUCGUCGUGCUGACACGGAAUCCGCCCGCCAUCACGCCGGAUCCGACGCUGACGUGGCAUACCUGCGCGCCCGGCAAGGGGAUUCGCCGUGCUGAUGGGGAAUCCGCCCGCCAUCGCGCCGGAUCUGAGGCUGAUGUGGCGGAUCUGCACGCCAGGCAAGGGGAUUCGCCGCGCUGACGGGGAAUCUGCCCGCCCUGACGUCGGAUCCAGCGCUGAUGUGGCGGACCUGCGCGCCAAGGAAGGGAACACGCCGUGCUGAAGGCGAAUCCGCACGACUGGCGCAUGGGGCAGAAGGGUACAUGGAAAAGGGAACCCUGAAACCGCAUUCAUCUCUUCCCCCUAUUCUGGGAGCACCCAAAAUCCCAGUUUCCCCCAAAUCCCAGCGGCACAAGGGUAUCUAUGUUACGCUCAAACCCCACCUGCGCCCCAUUAAUAUGUUACCCACAUAUCCUCAUUUUGUGCAAAACUCAGCAGCACUCUAUUUUCCCAUUUUCCCCAAAUCACAGGGGAGGUUUAAACGCAUCCCUGGUUUCCCCCCAAUCCUUGUUAUGUACCGGAUCCCUGUUCUUCCCAUGUAAAGCAUCACCCCUCAUCACUGCUUUUACCGCCUUUAAGGAGAAACCCAUUUGCAAGUUUCCACACAUCUGUAUAUCGCCCAUAUCCCUGCAGCUCAACCUUUUCUUUAGUUUCCCUACUCCAAGAGUUUUACCAUCCUUGUUCUCUUAAUAUUGCUGCAGUGCCCCAUUUCCUUGUUUCACUCACACCCCUGCUUUCCCCAUAACCCAGUAGCACCUUGUCUUCCUUUCUUCCGCUUUGCUCUGUUUAUACCGCAUCCCUCUUUCUCCUCAUAUCCCAGCAGCUCCACAUCUCCAGCGUCCCCCCGUGACUCCCUCUUCCUCAUACCCCAGCAGCUCCACAUCUCAAGUGUGGUCCCGUGACUCCCUCUUCCUCGACGAGAGUCAAGAGUCCAUGGACUUCUACGCAUGCCAAUUCUGCAAUAAGCGCUUUCGCGGCCCUGCCGAAGUGUCGAACCAUGAGCGGUCGCAUCGGAAUGACGCUUUUCCAGAGCCCCAUCCGCGGGACAUCCUCGUCCAGCAGUAUGAGGGGGUGUUGUGGGACCCACCAACAGCGGAGAACUCAGCUGCUGCGACGCUGAAGCUCCGGAGCUGCAGGAGGAAGACCUUGAAGGGGAGGAUAUUGGAGGAGAGGAGGGCCUGGUAGGGGAGAAAGGAUUAGCAGACCAACAGGCCAUAGAGGAGGAUGAGUUCGUGCCUGCAGCUGCUUAUUUCGCAGAAGAGGACGACGAGGUGUCUAGUUUGACACUCGCUUCGAGACUUCUAGGUUCCUAACACAGUGCAAUCGUGGCGUAGGAUUGUGCGGGCCCGACGUGGAUGCUUUCCUUCGUCUUGUAAACCAUCCCGGCUUUGUUAAGUAUGAUUUGGGAGACUGGAAAAGGAAAGGGGCUGUCGAGAAGUACAUGCGGAGGAGGAAUUGGGCGUUGAGAAAGUUAAGUUCAAGACCACGCAGGUCCAAGUGACAGGGUGGCCUAAGUCAUUCGCCGUCAAGUACCUGGACUGGGUAGAGGUAAUUUCUGGCAUGCUCUACAAUGGUGUGUAGGCAUUGUCUUUCGUUAAAUGGACCUAUACUUGGAUGCACA